AGGCGCGGGACUUCCGCUCUCGCGGGAAACGACCGAGAGGUUUGGUGGCCAACUGAAGCGGGGAAGGCCGGGCGUCUAGGAGCGCAUAGCGAAAUGGAUAAGCGAGGCCGAGGCGUAAGGCCGGGCACGAGCCAGGCGUCUCAGCAGCUGCCUUCGACGCCCAGGAAAGAGAGGAAGCCUAGCAUGUUCGAGAAGGAGUCCUAUGCACAGAUUUUAAGAGAACGACUAAGAGAAUCAUUUCAUGAUGUUCAGUAUGUGGAGCCUCCAUUUGAUGACUCAAUUGCUGAUAUAGGUAAAGAAUGGAAGAGUGCCCUGGCAAAAUUAAGGUUUGCUAAUUCAUAUAGAAUGGAGCCAUUGAAGAAAUUCCAAGCUCAGUCAGUAGAAACUAAAAUCCAGCAGAUAUUAGUGGACAGUCUUAAAGAUGUCAAAUAUGAUGAGAAAGCCUUCUCUCAUUUGUCGCUUGAAUUGGCAGACCGCAUAUUGUUAGUGGUCAAAGAAUUUGGGUACACCCGUUAUAAGUUCAUUGUAAAAGUAUUAUUCAUUCAAAAGACCGGUCAAGCAAUAAAUAUUGCCAGCAGAGGGAUCUGGGACGUCGCGUGGGACAGCUGGGUCGCAGCUAAACACGAAACCGAGUCCUACGUGGCCUUGUGCCUGGUGUUUGCUCUGUACUGUGAAUAGCUUGUUACGUGGACUCCACAGAGUCUACUUCCCAGCCUUUCAAAUAUAAAUGAAACUCAUAGAUUUUAAAGCUCA